AUGGCUACACCAGAAACCCCUCCAGUCACUUCUUGUGCCGUGCCGGGAAUCGAUCAAUCAGUCUCGCAAGAAAUCCCAGGUACAAUUGAAAACCUUACAAUGAAGUCCGAAAUCGGAAUCCCUGCUGGCGACGUUGAGUGUAAGAAGCGGAACUUCAUCCGCAGGAUCCCAUAUAACAACGGCUAUGGCAAUUUCGUCUUCCAUAGAUGGUUGGAAGAUCCCGUAGAUUGCGUCAGACCAAAUUUCAAUCUUUGGAGAGAUGGAAGUUAUGGAAACUCAGUUAAGGAGUUGGAUGGAUUUGAGCGGUCUGGAUCCUUCGCAUUCUUCAAGCUGCCAGAUCUUAUUCGCAAAAUGGUUUUUCUACUUUUGCUCAGACCGCUAUUUGAGUAUGACAAGGACUCCGAGAAGAGCUUUGUGCAGUUCAUCUUUGGAGAAAGCAGCGCCUGGGUAGGCAACGAACUCAUGCUACUCACUAAGAAAGCAACACCAAAGCCAUAUUGGGCCGGAUGGAGAAUGGGGAUUGACUGGCACUUCCUGGAAUCCAUUAGACAAGCCUCCAACGUGAACACGACCUUUCGAAAAGAGUUGGCAGAUACUCUAUGGUCAAGGACCGGAAUUGCUACCUAUGGCAAUAAUUCGUGGCUAGCUAUCCCAGAAAUUCUCCAGCAAAGACCAUCUAUCUGCGCUGGAAUUAAGUAUCUGUACAUUGGACUAGACCUCAGCCGAGAAAGAAAUACAGACAGUUUCGAAGACUGGUGUGAAAGCCUCUCUCAGCGGUUGAUCUUGGAACGAUUGACAGUCAAGGUCCUCAUGGAAAAAGAGGACAUCCCGAGGGUACUAAGCGAGUGGUUUCCCAACCUUGCAGCCGCAGAGACUUUGAAUGUCACACAAAGCUUCACUGUUUCUGUCAGUAUUCGACUUGGAGGUGAGAAGCCGGGUCAGAUACUUGAUGAGUCCGGAUCUGGCAUUAACGAACAAUAUCGCAAGGAGCUUGUGGAACUGAUGAUGCCUAAGAGCCUUCGGCCAAAAGUCUUCUUGUCUGCAACUGAGACAUAUCUUGAAAGUCGUCAUCACAUCACUUCGAACAAUCCUCCUACUAUGUCAUCAGCACCAUGCAUAUUCUGCGUAGAGAUUCAAGAACCAUUUCCUGGCAUUGACUCUUUCGACAAAAUUUUCCUUCUCCGAGCUACCUAUCUCGAGCGCGCGAAAGAACAUAAAGGCACAUAA